UGGAGUUUUGAGUUUUUGCACAGGUGGCUGGCAGUGACCUGGAUGCACUGCACCUGUCGCCUGUCAAGUGGCUGCUAAUGCGAUUAGGGAGGACACCGAAAACGGGAUUGGCACUCGGGACAGGGAACUCAGAGAACUCAGCUGCCAAUCAGGUGGGCCAGCCACAAACUUCACACAUUUCGGACACAUAUAUCCACUCCACAACCAGAAGGACACAGAGCUAAGUAAACAAACCCCACACCCUUACACCCCUGACAAGAUGCCGGCGGACAUAGUGACCACGGAGCAGCUGCGCUACCAGCUCGCCUUCAGCCAUGCCAUGGAGAGGACGACGCGGCACUGGCAGGAGACCUUCGCGUGGUACCCGAGGAUGCAGUGCUGCCACUACCAGCGGAUCGACCAGAUCUAUCUGGAGAGUCGCCAGCGGUACGGCGACGGCCACUUCCUCAAGUACGCCAGCCGGAGGCGCCUGGCCAAGAAGUUCAUGGUCACUGCCGAGGAGGUGGCGGACGAUCUGGAGGAUCGGAAGAUGCUGGAGAAGGACGGCAUUACGGGCCUCAAAGUACCGGCCACCGAGAACGGGGAGUACGGCCGGAUGAAGCCCUCGAAGCUGUACUUGUGCUAGGACUCCCUGUGACCAGCCGGGUGUCACUCUGCAAUCUGCACUCUGCACCCCAAUCCUCUCCAGAACCACUCGCAAUUAAACUAUCAUUCUCCGCUGACAAUGCAACUCUCAAUGGCCGUCACUCAUUACGCGAUUUUAGCAUGACCGUGCGCAUAAUUAACAAGGUGAAAACGUCAGUUCCACCUGCAACUGGUUGCACCACCCCGCCCCACCCCGCCGCCGAAGCGAGUGCUCACUGUACCUUCUCCUACUGGGGCGCGGUUGAAAAGUUCGCACAGGUAAUUAAGUGAUCGCGUCUGUCCACUCGAUGAGAUGACUCGCCUCGUUUGUUCGCGAUCUCGGAAACUGCUUUAUGGC